AAGUUCAUGGCAGAUCUGUCAAACUUCACUUCUGUCUUUUCGUCCAGCACCAACAAUAAUCGCGUCGCGAAACGGAACCGCCGUCCUCUGUCUUGCUCGACGUGCCGCGACAGGAAAUUGAAAUGUGACCGCCAAAGACCAUGCAGUUCCUGUAUCAAGAGAGGAGAGCCUUCGGCUUGCGAGUACACCUCGGUCGCCAUCCGCUCGGUGAUGGACUCAGAUCUAAAUGACGACCCAUCCGAACCAGCACAACCAAUACAAUCAUCACUCAAAGCAGAUCCCUUGUUCGGCCAAGAAGAGCUCCUGACCAUCGAACAAGUCCUUACAGCACUUCCUGAGCGCCACAGAGCCGACAGUCUUGUUGCAUCUUACUUCAAGGAGUCUUUCUUAACUUUGACUUUCAUACAUAGUGCCAAGUUUCGAAGAGAAUACGAAGCUUUCUGGAAAGACCCCACGUCGACAACCUUCUGUUGGUUGAGCAUCUUAUUCUCCAUCAUGUUCAUGGCAGGAAAACUUGCCAUUGCAAGGGGUCAAACUGCGCCUUUCGAACCUUGCAACACGAAGACCGCCGGCUCGUUGAGGAUGGCUGCAAGGUGCCUCGUGGCCGGGCAAUAUCUCAAAGCUCAGCCAUACUCCGUCGAAGCAUUGCUGUUCCAUUUUCAUUGCGUUUAUGCCCUUCAUGCGGAUCCUGAAAUCCAGCCAUGGCCCAUUCUCACUAUGGCCACAAGACUUGCACAAAAGAUGGGCUAUCACCGUGAUCCCACACAUCUGUCGGCAAGGCUAUCCGCGUUCGAAAGCGAGAUGCGUCGUCGGGCGUGGCACUAUAUCGAGAUAUUUGAUAUCACCAUGUCAGCUCAUCAAGGUAUACCCGCGAUGAUCAGCGUAGACGAGUGCGACUGCCGAUUUCCCGCCAACCUGUUGGACGAGGAUUUUGACGAGAACACUACUGUCAUGCCGCCGCCGCGCUCUGAUACAAUUCACAUCCCCAUGCUGUUCUUCAUCUCUAAAGCUGAAGCUGUACGUCUCAUCCGUCCGGUCAUCCGACAUGCGUUGUCAAGUCGAAGACAUGACGUCGAGGAAACCAACAUUCUCCAUGAGAGCCUCGAAAGAAGCCAUCAAAACGUUCCACCUUCCUUGCGUAUUCGUACUAUUGCAGAGACCAGUUUCGUUGACCAGGAUUACCUGAUCAUGCAGCGGUUCAUGCUAGAACUCCAGUAUCUCAAGGCAUUCUGUAUCCUACACAGACCUUACUUGAGUUGCAAAAAGGAUGAUCCUGCCUUUCAACGAUCGAGAGAAAUCUGCGUCAGAUCUGCACUCCGACAGCUCGACCUACAGAACGACUACUUUGAAGCUCUGCAGCCACAAGGACGUCUGUACCAGAGCAAGUGGAUGUUUACCAACAUCACCCUCCACGAACAGUUCGCGGCAGCCAUGAUCAUCUGUUUGGAUUUGAAUGAGUCAAGAUCUCAAAGCCACGAGGUGAGGUCACGCAAAAUCGAAGCGUUACGGAAGGCCCGACAUGUCUGGUCCAGCAAAAAGCCCGCAUACCGUGACGCUGUUCGCGCGAGUCGUGUUCUGGGUUUCAUGCUAGCGAAAUUGAAUGGUGAACAUCAAUCGAUUUUAGCGCCUGACAGCCACAACCCACAAGAGGUUGACCGGUUUUCAUCUACUACGACACGGAACACUCGUGUUCUGCAACAAGAUGUAACACCACCUCAAGAUGCUACUUACGACAUGAUGGAUAUCACAUCCCUAGAAAGCAUUUUCGAUAACCCCGACCUGCUGAAUUGGGCANNGAACGACAUCGACAGCUACUUGAUCGAUUACAGUGGCAUUGAGAUGCCAGAAGUUGUAGCAUGA